CAGACAAUCUAUGUUCUUGAAAACACCCCCCCUCGCCCAGAGCUUUUGGUUUUAAGAAGCAACGAAGAUCAUGAAGCUUGUCUUAGCCGCUUUCCUGCAAUGGGUUUUGUUUGAAGGACUCCUGAGGGAGAGUGUUUGCACUGAGUGGACGGCACAGCUACCAGAGACCAUAUCCGCAGUAGAAGGAUCUUGCGUGGUUAUCCCCUGCGCAUUUACAUACCCCAAAGGUGUGGAAGCAUCCAUCACAGCGGUCUGGUACACGAGUAGAAGCAUAUUUCAGAGCCUCGUAGUGUACAAUGGCGAGGAUCCGCUGAAGGUAGAUGCUCGAUUCCUUGGGCGAGCGUUUCUGAUUGGGAACCUGACGUCUGGCGAUUGCGCUCUGAAGAUUGAUAAAGUGAAGACGACUGAUGGGCAACGUUAUUACGUCUCAUUUCAUGCGAAAGGACAGAAGUUCAGGUUCCAGGAUCAAAAGGUCACACUUAGUGUUUCAAAGACCCCGGAGAAACCCCGUAUAACUAACCCUGGCCUCUUAACAGAAGGACAGCCUGUCACUGUGAACUGCACGACUGAGUACACCUGCCCUUCGAACCCUCCUACUGUAGACUGGGGCGGAGUCAAUGGAACAGUCAUCCUCCAAUACACAGCCAAACAGCAGGUUGCAUGGGCGGUGACCUCCUCAAUCACGUUCACACCCUCCUACCGGGACAGUCAGAUACAAUGCCAGGUGAAGUAUCCUGGAAGGAACAAUGUGACGGAGCACAGACCAAUACACGUCAAGUGUAAGUGAUAAUGCACCCUCCUUCUUAAAGCAAGUGUGUUACAGGUUACCUUUGAGGGUGGAAUAAACAACACCAGGUCUCUGGUCUGUGUUUUAGAGGGGUAGAUAUCAGGUGCGUUAAGUAACUGAGCCGCUCAGAGCGAUAAUUAUUCCACUCACUCGAAUCACCUACGAAAUCUGCUUUGCAGCGCUCUGAGCUGCCGUUAAGUCUCUUUCACUGAGCUGCUCUGAGCGGCUCACUUACUUAACGUGCCCAU